UGGGGUGCCAAAUGUAAAAGUAGAACCUAUAACUAGUUUUCUCACAUUUAACUAAAUGACACAACAUGUUUUCUCACAUUUAGUUAAAUGUGCAAAAGUCUAAAUGUAAAUGUUAAAUAUAAAUGUAAAUGUUAAAUGUUAAAUCUAAAUGUUAAUUGUUAAAUAUAAAUGUUAAAUGUUAAAUGUAAAUGUUAAAUGUUAAAUGUAAAUGUUAAAUGUUAAAUAUAAAUGUUAAAUGUUAAAUGUAAAUGUUAAAUGUAAAUGUUAAAUGUUAAAUGUUAAAUCUAAAUGUUAAAUGUUAAAUGUAAAUGUUAAAUGUAAAUGUUAAAUGUUGGCCGAGUGUAAAACUGAAUAUUCAUGAAUGGGCAAGACUCCAUCCCUACCCUCAAACAGCGCUGGUCUCAAAUCAGAGACGCGAACUCAAACACGUCAAACAGUACGCAUAGCUCCGCCCACAUCUGACUCUGGAUCGGUGCACGAAAAUACUGGAGAGAAGCUUGAAGUCGAAGCCAUCAUGGCCGCCAGCUCCGACUCCCUCCCGUUGGGGGAGAUUGAACGGGCUGUAACGGCAGUUGUGCGGGCUGAGGCUCCGCUUCAAACUGCCGUUCUGUCGUAAACACCAUUAAUGAGAAGUCAAGUAGGUUUAAAAAGAAUAUUUCUGUGGCGCCGGUGGAGAAUUAGUUGGCUAACUAUACUAGCUAGUCGAAGUUACGUCCAGGCUAAAAACAAAAGUUUCCAGAUCAGAUGUGGGCGGGGUUUGCGCGCACUGUUUGAGGUGAUUGAGUUCGCGUCUCUGAUCUGAGACCAGCGCUGUUUGAGGGUAGGGAUGGAGUCUACUUGCCCAUUCAUGAAUAUUCAGUUUUACACUCGGCCAACAUUUAACAUUUACAUUUAACAUUUAACAUUUACAUUUAACAUUUAACAUUUACAUUUAACAUUUAACAUUUACAUUUAACAUUUACAUUUAACAUUUACAUUUAACAUUUAGCAUUUAACAUUUACAUUUAACAUUUAACAUUUACAUUUAACAUUUAGCAUUUAACAUUUACAUUUAACAUUUACAUUUAACAUUUAACAUUUACAUUUAACAUUUACAUUUAACAUUUACAUUUAACAUUUUGCACAUUUAACUAAAUGUGAGAAAACAUGUUGUGUCAUUUAGUUAAAUGUGAGAAAACUAGUUAUAGGUGCUCCUUUUACAUUUGGCACCCCAUAGAUAUGUAGUCUCUUACAAUGCUGUAACAAAUUAAAUGUUAUUCAUGAUGCCUGGUCUUGUCUUAUGCAACACCCAGUAAACACUAAAACAUACACGGAUAAUAAAUGCAAGCAAAAUCAAAUUAUAAAUGACCUAAUCUGGACAUUACUAAUUAAACAAUUGUAACACUUAAAAAUGUAAUACAAUAAUGAGGAUACCGAAUUGUAGCUGGUGGACAUAGUCCAUGUGUAUGUUGCACAGAUUAAAAGAAGUAAAGAAGGUGAGUCUCUCUAUUUCAACUUUGUGCCUACACACAAAGGAAAGCAUGGUAAUGAGUUGAAGUCACUUUGUAACUUUAAGAAUUUCCUGGCAAAUCUGUAGAUCAGGCAUUGAACAUCACACAGAAACCAAUCUAAUAUCAAAUGAAAACAUUUUGUCCACAGAAUACAAUGACAUCAGUUUCAUGGAAGUUGAAAGUUCUGGUGCAUCUGAACCAGAACCUGUGUCCAAAUGAAGUCUCUCGUUCUCUUUGAUGAGCACAUUCCACAUUUUAUGGCUGGUGGUCCCAGUUCUGGGAGAGACAGCUUCUUGGUAAUAAAUGUGACAGCCUCUCCUUUUGGCAUGAUAAGCAGAGGUAGAAUCCUGAGGGAUUUACAGGUAGAUCAACAAAGUGGACUCAUGGUUCUUUGAUAUGGACCUUUGAGAUGUUGGCGUCAAUUGGUGCCUGUGGUGAUAGAAGCCAGUCUCCUGUUGUGGAGAAAGGUUCAGGGUCCCUUAUCUCUGGGGACUAAAGGGACGUAGGGGCUCUUCAAAGGAGGGAGUUAAGUUCACAUGUAGGUCAGGUUACCUCAGUCCGGACGUGGAUUGCUACAUCUGUCUCCAUCAUGUUUUCAUAAACGGACGUGUGGUACUGUGGAAUACUGUAAACAUCAAAAAUCUUUUUGUUCAACUGUAAAAAAAAUCGCAAGCGCAGACCUGUGUUCAUCCCAAAAGAGUGAAGUUGAGGUCAGUUUGUCUGUGUGUGUGUGUGAAAUCAUAACUCUUCAAACCUCUCAUCAGGACCAGAAGACACAUGUGCUGUACAGGACAGGUCAGAUGCGUCUCUGGAGGUCGUAUCACAUGGGGAAACAAGCUGUGAUGCAGCCUGUGUGAGGGCCUCAGUUACAGCCCCCCCUCAGCAGUCAGUGAGUACAGAGUACUCAGAGUACAGCUGAGCUAAAGUUAACACCAACAAAAGAGGAAUUAUUUAUUUAAUGUCUGUAGACGUAACCUGCACUCAUUUUGGAGUGGAAAUCAAUCAAAUACCUAAACUACACAUCAGAUCUCUUCCUAAUAAUUUAACUAGGCAUAAGUUUCAAAGCAAAAAUGAGUGUUAAGGUGUCUUGCUGUCAGAUGUUGACAGUGAAACAAUCUUGUUUUAAAGUUUUUCUUUAUUAGUCUGGUACGUUCAGUAAUUAUUAUUACUUCUCUCUAAUAGUCGUCUUCCCCUUUAAUAGUCAUUAAUAGUCUGUUUCAGUCGGUUUCAGUCUUUCUAUAGUCUGUUUGUCUGUCUUUUCUUCUGUAGUCUGGUUUUGUUUUCCUAUAUUCUGUUCAGACAAACCUACAGUGUGCACAAAUCCUUUGAGACAUGGAGGGUUUUAUUACUGAAUUUGUUGCAAAUUGAAACCCAUCAGACUGCAAAGUCAUGCAGCAGUUAUCAUUUAGCUGUUUGUCAUCAUUUUAAAAUCACUCUGUGGGAUGUUUUGAGCAAAAAGUGAUUCUUCAUUGCGAUAAGCAGAUGAGCAUGAAUUUGGAUCAGUUGAGCAAAGAUUUGGAUCAGUUGAGCGUGUAUCAGCUGUAAGCGCGUUUUUUCAUUGUGUGUGUGUGUGUGUGUGUGUGUGUGUUUGCGGUACCGUCUUCCACUUCACAUGAAAAGGACGGCAGAUGGAGCUCACCCUGCCAAGUUAAGAUUUGAGUUUGAAUUUGAGUUUGUUGGACAGCACGGUGGGUUCGAUUCUCGGAGCACCGCCGCCUCACAGCGAGAAGGUUCUGGGUUCGGUUCCGGGAGGUGGCUGUGUGGAGUUUGCACGUUCUCCCCGUGUUUGCGUGGGUUCUCUCUAGGUUCUCCGGCUUCCUUCCACAGUCUUCCUCCCACAGGUUGCCAGUCUCCACUGCCUGUAGUUUUGAGUGUGUGUGUGAAUGGUUGUAUGUCUCUGUGUUGCCCUGCGAUGGACUGGUGACCCGUCCAGGGUGUACCCUGCUCCAGCACCCCCGCGACCAUAUGGGAAUCAGCGGCUUGGAAAAUGGAUGGAUCUUGUCAGAGGCGAUCCACACGGGUGAGCAGUCCUCCCAGCUCUGAAUGUCGCUCCCAAUGUCUGUAGAGGUUUGGAGGCUGAGCGACCCUAAACCUCAGGACUAUUGUCCCUGGUCACACCUGCAGCAGAUCCUGUUCGUAGACGCCAAAACUGUGGUGGAAAUUUUCCAUUAGGAGGCAGAUGAGAGAGUUGUCUAUUGUGAGAUUUAUUAUUAAAAUAAACGAAAAUUUACUUAUAAUGAAAGCAAAUAAAAAACAUGGAUGUUUAUCGUGCACAUCAACAAACUAAAAACCAGCUGGGGAGAUCAAUGCCACGAAGGUGUGAUGCAAAAAGUAAAGUGCCUCUGCUAACAUCAAGACAAAUCCCUAGUUGUGUAAAGUGUCCUCUACAGGACCUGGCAAUAAAGCAUUUCUGAUUUAUGAUUUUAUUACUACUUUUGUCAGUUUUCAGUUAUUUCAGGGCCCAUUUGGAGGUUACAGGUUAAAGUGGGACUUAGACCGAAACACUGUGGGACUGGUUCUGGCAAAAAAACAGACAUGGUUCUUUGUGUGUGUGUGAGAGUGAUGGAUGGAAAAGGAACCUGGAACCAACCUGCAGAGUCUCAGAGACGCUGCUUCACUUUGGUUUGGCUCCAACUGCAGCAUCAGCGACGUUUUGGCUGAAUGUGAGCAGAUAUUUACUGAAGUUUAUCUGUCUAAACCGUAACCAUGCACGUCUCAUAAAGUGCCACAUGUCGUGACUGAUGAAGUGAUGUGUGAGGAGGCUAGAGUCUUGCACAAACAUCUUGCACACAGAUCUUUAAUUCCACUUGACACGUUAUCUUUGUUUGCAGUGGUUAAAUUGUGAGAUACUCCCACAUGAAGAACAUUCAAAUCGUGACUCUGGUGUCACACAGACAUCAUAAAGCAGCAGCCUGACACUUCAUCACUGCUCGUCCUGCGUCGUUCCAAGGUAACGUUCCCGCUUCACAUCUGUGUUCAGAGUCUGACCGGGUUUGAUCCUGCAGCAGGUGUCGGUCCAUCAGCAGCUCCACGUUGGGUCUGAGCCGCUGAUCCGGCUCCAGCUUCAGUCGGUAGCGUUGACUGUGAGCUUGAAGCCUCCAGGGGUCAGUUCCCUGGUUCUGUGUCAUGAUCACUGUGGGUUCUGACCUCAUCUCAGCUCCGUUUGCUCUGCAGGUCCACAUCUUACAUUUCCUGGGUAUUGAGUGUGUGUUUGAGCCAAAGGACAAAGUGUCGUUGUGACUUCAGUAUGUUCAGCACAUCCAUUAGUUCUAGUUGAGUCCAGGAGGAGUCUGGUUCCGUUCCCUCCUCGUCUCUCAGUAGAGCAGAAACCUGAGUUACUGGAACUGUGUGUGAGACAUUGGAUCAUGUUCAGGCUUCACUUACUGGACAAAUGAACCGUUCUACUAGAACUUUACUGACACUGUAUUAAACUCUGUUCUGUUCCAGGUUCUCUGUGAAGAAUGAAUCUGAGCAGCGUUAACGACACAUUGAUGGACACUGACGACAAAAGCAUCCAUGACGUUGGUAAUCAAACAGAAGUUGAGCGUUAUUAUAGAAUACUAGAAGUUUCAACAUUGUCAAUCGCCAUCGUCGGCCUCGUCCUGACGCCCGUCGCCAUCUAUGCUGUUUCCUCUCUGGUGAAGAAAGACAACGUUGCUCCGAUCUUCGUCAUCAACCUCCUGGUGUCUGACAUCAUUCAGCUCUGUGCCCUGACCCUUAUGAUGACAGGAGAUGGAAUUGUCCUUUCAAUUAGUGCGUUCGCGUACACUAUUGGUCUGGUGGCCAGUGUGGGCUUCAUGCUGUGCAUCGCUCUGGAAAGGUAUUUGCUCAUCGUCUGGCCGCUGUGGUACCGAACCAAACGACCAGUCAAGAUGUGCCUGCUGCUCUGCGCUGCGGUCUGGACUCUUCCUCUGUUUUACUUAGUCUUUAGCAUAGUCAUGGGUUUAAACGAGCAGAUUGAUUUGUUUCUUAAUAUUACUGUCGUCCUCUUCCUCCUCCCUCUUCCUCUGCUCGUGUUCUUCCUGGUUGGAACCUUUAGAGCUUUGUCUGCCUCCAUCAGUGUUCGUGCUGAGGAAAAGCGGAGAAUAGUUGGACUUCUGGUUCUGGUGCUGCUGAUUUACACACUGCUGUUCCUGCCUUGCAUCGUUUAUUUUUUGGUACAUUCUAGUGGUUAUGAGAUGCCUGUAGUUGCUGCCAUUUUUCUUGAACUCAAUCCUGUUGCUGACUUGUUCCUGUACAUCUUCCUCAGAAAAGGGGCUGUGAACCAGGUUUGGUUCUGUCUGUGUUGUUGCAGAAAGAACAGAACUAAUUGUCAUGUCAUCCAGUGGUUUGAAUGACGGUGACGCAGUCACAAGUUUGUAGUCACACAAUGAAACAUUCUGAUGCUUCAGUCAAUUAUGUAGAUUUUGUAAACAAACAACAAACAUCCACAUAAAAAUAAAAGUUGUUUGUGUGAAGGA